GCGUGCGUGCGCGCGACGCUCUACAACUUUGCGAAAGCAUUUUUAUUUUAUUUUUUUAUAAAUAAAAACUCGUCAUUUUGAAGAAGAAGAUCAUUUCCCAUGACGAGCACAGGGGUGGUGGUGGGAGUGAAUCACCUUCCAUCAACACCGGAGCGAGGAGGAGGUGGUGGUGGUGAUGGUGGAGCGAGAUGCGAUGAUGGAGGAGGUGGUGGUGGAGGAGGUGGAGGAGGUGAUGAUGGUGCCGACGAGGUGAGAGAGAGCGUGAGAGAGGCGCUGGAUUACCGCAGCGAGUUGCUCCAACGUCUGCAACAGCUGCACCUCGCCAGCCAGCAGGUGAGCGUGAGCGGCGAGCGAACCCUUGCCGCGCUCGACAGCCACUUUGCCGGGCUCGAGGCGGCGCUGGCGGCGGCGGUGACGGCGCGCAGGGAAGUGCUGUGCGCUGCCGUGCGCGGCAUGGUGAGCGACGCGUCGCGGCCGCUGCGCGAGUGCACGCAGCUCAUCCGUCAGCGGGUGGACGCCGUCGAGGAGUUGCUCGCAGAAGGUGAGGCGGCCCUGGCCUCGUCGGGUCUGGAGCAGGAGUCGCUCCUCGCCAGCUUCACUCAGAGGUCUCUGCAGGUGCAGCUGGGCAGCCUGCCCGAGGUGCCGGCGCUGGGCGAGGUGGCGUGUGUGCGGGCCUCGCUGGACGCGUCGCUGGGACCUCGGCUCUGCUCGGUGCUCGCCGCUCACGGCCGCGUCGCUCCGCGCGCUCCUGUGCAGCUCGAGGAGACGAACGCGCGCCCAGCCGCCGUGCGUGUGCGGUGGUGUAAGGUGGACGAGGAGUUCCCCGUGCAAGAGUACGUCCUCGAGUACUGCCGCGGUCGCACGGAGGACGUAGCGCAGAUGACCAGGGUGUACUGCGGCCCCGAUGCCGAGUUCACGGUGCCCCAUCUGGAGCCGCACGCAGACUUCACGUUCCGCGUGGGGGCCCGCGAAGGAGGCCCCGAAGGCCCCAUUGCCUGGAGCGUGCCCGUCACGACCAGCACCCCGCUACCCGCGCACGAAUGGAGGCCGGACCACGCGGGGUUUGCGUUGAGCGCACGGAGGGACGUGGCGACGCGGGGCUCGGGGCCAGGGGGCACAGCCCUUUACUCGAGCCGACCCAGCCUGGCCCUCGGUCACUCCGUGAGCUUCAGGGUUGAGCGGGUGGGCCCCCUUGGGUGGGAUGACACCAUUGGGCUCUGCGUGGAGCCCCGAGCCGACGCCAAGUCCCUCCGUUGGAACGGCGCCCUCUGCAUCGCCUCCAACGGCGCCGUGAUCGUGAACGGCAAGGAGAUGACCAACCAGCUGCCCUCUCUGGCCGUCGGCAUGACGGUCACCUUCGGCACCGAGGGCCCGGAGCCCGGCUCCCCCGUGGUGCCUCCCCCGGGGCCUCUGGGCCUGCCGGCCGCUCUCCGCGGAGCGCCGCACAGGCUGCGCGUGAGCGUGGCGUGCGCUGAACGCGAGGUGGUGUCCGAAUGGCUGCUGGAGCAGGCCUGGGAGGUCCUCUACUUCGGCUGCUCCUUCACCCACCCCGGGUGGAGCGUCCUGGUCUUCUGAGCGGAAGCUCCAGCGUUGCUGCUGCCUCUGCUGCCGCUGCCGAGUCUCUCGGCGGGGCAGGACGUAGCACCGUUGCGGGGCCCGCGAUGUUUCACGAUCAAAUUCGUCGUUUGAAGGCGAGUGUCACGCUCGUGAUGCCUGCAGUUCUCGUUGUGUGCGGGAGAUCUAAUUAAUGCAUGAAUUUUCCACGGAAGGGGAGCGGUGGUGCAGCAGUUAGCUCGCUGUGCUACGAACCCGGCGACCCGAGUUCGAUUCCCGCUCGCGGCCAACACCGGUGACGAUUAUCUGAACCGUUCCUUGGCCUCGCCUCGGUCGGCUCAGCAUCAAUUGAGUACCUGGUGCGAUAUGUUAACAUUGUUAGUCGGGAGACAAUGGCACACAUGAAUAUGCGCACACGUUUACUACGCGAUGUGUAUUUGUGCGUGUGCAUCAAUGGGUUAUUUAGAUUCAUUCAAAUAAUUUUCAAUAAAAAAAUGUUUAGGCUAAAAGCGCGUCACGUUGGACGUGUUUAACGGUCAUCGAGUGAGCGCGUGCGGCAUGGAACAAGUCAAUUUGGACGGGGAGGAAUAAAUUGGUAAACGUGGAAGGACGCGGCAUGGGGGUGGUGGUAGCGUGUGUGCGGUUGCCUGCGCUACUCGCUGAGGCGGAGGAGGGAACUGUAGUGAAGAGCCGGGACGUGGCACCUCGAUCUCUGUGAGUUGUACUUCCCCCCGGCACCUCCGAUUAGCACGGUUGGCUACGUACGGCGCGAAAGAAGUUCAACACGCAUGCAAGCGAGAGAGAACGAGGGGAGAAAUAUGCCUAAACAGGUGACGCUACUUGUUUCCAGAGGCUCCUGCUCACAGCUGGGGGUCUUCUCGGUGCCUGUGGGUCAUUGUGAAUAAAACGCAGUUCAAGUGUC